AUGUCUGCAGGGAGGCUUCGCUGGGCAGUGAACUUGCGAGAACUCGAGAAGUGCACCCAUUUUGAGGCAUACUACCGCACAGGCGUCCAAUGCGUAACCGAGAAGGAGUACGAAGAGCAUAGGAGAUUUGUCUACCGAGAUGAUUCGCUUGCCUGCCUCGUCAGUCGACUACUGGCCCGCCAAUUUGCUGUGACAACGACAAAUUCGGAUUGGAAUCGGGUCGUCAUAGCCAGGACCGAGAGAGGGAAGCCAUUUGUCGAAUCUCCCAGCAGCGCUCAUCAGUUCAACAUUUCUCAUCAUGGAGAAUACGUGGUGCUCGCCUCUGAUUCUAAGCAUCGGGUUGGCGUUGAUGUGAUGCGCGUCGACAUGGAUCGAGGGGAAACUGCCGAUUCUCAUAGGCAAAAGAUGAAGAAUCUAUUCACGGUCGGCGAGCACGCUUAUAUGGAAAAACAGACCACAGAAAUCGACAAGUGGAGGGCAUUUUACCGCGUUUGGUGCCUGAAAGAGGCUAUACUGAAAGCCACCGGCAUCGGAUUGGUAAAAGAUCUACGUACAAUUGAUUUCACGCUGGAUGAAACUACAAGCCACUUACCUGGUCGAUAUCUGCUGGAUACACAAUGUACGGAAAACGGCCAGCCACUUGAUGAAUACGUUUUUGAAGAGCAGUACAUAGACGACAAUCAUCCUGUCGCCGUUGGAACGUCGUUCGAAGAUAUUGCCCGAGCAAAAGAAGCCAGAAAAGCUUUCCAAACGAGUCCAAAUAAUUUCGAGCCCCUUGGGUGGGAGCGACUGCUCCAGGGCACGCAAUGCCUGAAUAUGUUACCUGAUUCCGGAAUAGCCGCCUUUGAUGAACUGUCCCUGAAGGAGUUGAAGCCUUUU